UCUAUGGGGGCGUAUUAAAGUGGUACGCCUUCAAAUCAAAAUUGUGUUGGAAGUUAGCUGACAUUUGCUGUCAUACUGCAUAAAGAGCAAAGAGUAGAGGAUAUAAUGAUGCUAAAACAUGUUCGGACGUUGACACCAGUAUUAAGGACUAGCUAUCAUCACAGUAAAACACGUGGACAGUCUUACAGCUCUGCAGCAGGAGGUGAAGACACAGGAACAGCUGUGGGACAGACUGUGGUCGCGGAGCGCAGGGGGUCCGUGGUUACCGUGGCGAUAAACCGGCCCGAGGUGCGUAAUGCGGUGAACCAGGAGACAGCGAGGCGUCUGCUGGAAGAGCUGGAAGCCUUCGACAGUGACCCAGACUUAAAUGUGGCUGUCCUGCAUGGGAAAGGAGGGAAUUUCUGCGCUGGUUAUGAUCUGAAAGAGCUGGCCAAUCACACAGCCUCCCUCAAAUUGGAGCAAGAUGUCACCAAGGGUCCCGGUCCGAUGGGUCCGUCCCGUUUGGCGCUGUCGAAGCCGCUGAUAGCAGCAGUCAGCGGCUACGCUGUGGCCGGAGGGCUGGAGCUGGCUCUGCUGGCAGAUCUGAGAGUGGUGGAGGAGAGCGCCGUCAUGGGGGUGUUCUGUCGCCGGUUUGGAGUUCCCCUGAUUGAUGGAGGCACAGUGCGGCUCCCGCGUCUCAUCGGUCUGUCACGAGCCCUCGACCUGAUUCUGACUGGACGACCUAUCGGAGCGCAGGAGGCUCUUGCCUACGGACUGGCUAACAGAGUUGUUCCUGAUGGCCAAGCUUUACAGGCAGCCCUGCAGUUAGCCGAGCAGAUCAGCUCCUUCCCUCAGCAGUGUCUGCGGGCCGACCGCUCCUCAGCCGUGUACAGCUGCUACGACGCUCCCUCCUUCACACAGGCCAUGCAGUACGAGAUUGACCACGGGAUUCCUGUCAUCCAAUCAGAGGCUGUCUCCGGGGCAACCAGGUUCACUACUGGAACAGGAAGAGGAGGACAAUUCUAGGAUUUAGUUUGCGGAGGCCGCGUGCAUUUCAGGUGAUCUAACACAUCUAGCUGCUUUAAUGCUGGAGGUCCACUGCUUUCAAGACACGUUGUUUUCAAUUUGUGGUCUCUUUUAGACGACGUUUGAUGCAUCUGGUUGAUUUUGCAUUAAGAUAAAGCCAGCUCAUUACCUAGCCAACCGUCUAAGCAUCUCUUCCUAAAUUUCAGAUAUAGUGACUAGUAGUUGUUUGAAAUAAAAGUGAACUAAGUGAGAAUGUUCCCUUUAUUCACCCUGUUAUUUUUGGGUGUUUUAUUAUUAUUAUUUAGGUUUUUGUGUGAGCAAUAAGCAUAGUUUUUGGAGAAAUGACAUCUAAAAUAGCAGAAAGAUAAGACACAAAGGUAAUGUUAGUCUAAGGUAUAUUUUAAAUCCACAAUUUGCAAUUAACGUACAACUGUCAGUCUGUAAGCUCCACAUUUCAUGUAGAAAUACCCAAGCUGAUUAAACCAGUGAAUUAUAAAUAUACAUGUUUAAAGAAAUGGUCUUGUACCUUUUAUUUUUUUCAAAGCAAAUCAUCAAGGAGAGCCACUGAGAUAUCUUUAUGUGCUGGGCGAUGCAGAACUAUAGGAAGGCUGUGACCACAAAACGAAUCCAACACAAAAGACUGAAAAAGGCAUCAAAAGCACAAAACCUGCAGCAGCUCGCCAUUGUUCCUUUGAAAAAAAACAACACUUGAUUACUGGGAUAAGACGUGUGUUUGUGUGCAUGUGCGUGUGACCCAGUAUCCAUAGCAAUAUACUGUAAUUAGUGCUGAAGAUUCAGCACUUCUUUGUCAGAUCUGUGCCAGGUGUAAGCAUUCCUAUGGUUUUGGAGCACGCCUCCCCUUAAUUUUGCGUGUCGGAUUGACGCGUGUGCAUCACACACAACAUACAAGAUUCACUUCGUCUGCAAGUUUGUGUGAACUCUUUCGUGACCUUUUUAGAUGCUCCUUAAUAAAAAUGUGAUGCAGGUAGUGUGAAGAACUAAAA